CAAUUACUACUACUCAUUACUACUCCGCCCUCUUUUUCCAUUUAAAUACUCUAUGCCAAUGUGAGUAUGAUCCAAUUACUACUCCUCAUUAUAGACAGAGAGAGCUCAGCAAUGGCGAACGCCUCGACUUGCGCAUUCCUCUUCAUCUCUUGUCUGUUAAUCGCAUCUCUGUUCACCGUCUCCGUCGACGCCGACGGCGACCUCGACGUGGCCGGAUGGAUGCCGGCGGAAGGCUGCAAAGGCUCCAUAGCAGAGUGCAUGACGAGCGGCGAAGAAUUCGAAAUGGACACGGAGAGCAACCGGCGCAUCUUAGCCACCAGCAAUUACAUUAGCUACGACGCGCUGCAGAAGGGCAACACGCUGUGCUCUCGCCGCGGCAGCUCUUACUACAACUGCCAGCCCGGCGCUCAAGCUAACCCCUACACCCGCGGCUGCAGCGCCAUUAAUCGUUGCCGGAGCCCGGAGUAGUUAAUUUUCUAUUUUCUAUCUCUAUCAUUUCAUUUUUAGUUGUAUCAUAUCAUAUGCAGAUAUGCUACCAUGCUCUUUUACUUUUAUAUAACAUGUGACACAGUAAUCUAAAAAAAAAAAGUUAUCUCA